AUGCCAGAACUGCGUUAUCUCCAGCUAGGUCUGCACCAACGCAUGACGCAUUUACCACCACUGGACGGCGCACCGAAUCUAUGUUGCUUGAUACUCGCUCGUAUGAAUGGGAUCACUGAGCUUCCACUUCUGACGCGAACAUCACAACUUGACCGGAUGGAGUUUACAAUGAUGAAACAUCUGGCUUGGAUACCAGAUAUGGAACCCAUCGGCUCCGUUGUGCACUUCGCUGUUUAUCAAGGAGCGUAUCUGUGCUGUAACGGAUUUCUUGGCACUUGCGAUCUUACCAAUCCGUUCUGUAAAGACACAACAUGUCUCGAAGAUGCCUCACAGAAAGCCACUACAGAAACUUUACAAGUGUUUAACAUGUUUUCCGAUGGAAUAUGCCAGCCAUAUUUUGGUCUUUCACAAACACCAACAACUACUACCAUCCAAAUGUGCGACGGCGUGUCGUUCAGACAGUGUCAACUUCCUGGUCUUCAAGCGAACUCGACUGUCGUUGGAAUGUGCUAUAACCACCGCAUGCAGGUUCUUGCAUGUAACACUGACCCAGAUACAAUUCAGGUUCGCAUUCGCCAGAUUCAGAAGAGAGUAGGUACUCCGUGUGAUCCUGUAGAGGAAGCUUGGUUAGGUUGUGGGGGAUCCCCAGCUAUCACCAUUUGA